CAGAGCGUUCACAAUUCUGUUUUACAACCUUGAACCGAACCUGAGACAGAGCAACAACCACAAGACAGAGGAAACUUAACGCACCUUCACCGGCCAAGAUGAGCGAACAAGGCCGGCCGUCGUGCAAACUGAGAUCGGCGAUCAAUGAGCUCCGGUUGGAGGGGAGAUUUUGUGACGCCGUCAUCAAAGUCCAGGAUGUGGAGUUUCAAAUCCACAAGAUCAUCCUGUGUAACUGCACCCCGUACUUCCGAGCUCUCUUCACACGGUGGUCAGACCCCAACCAGAAGGUCUUCAACAUGUCUCCUGACAUGACACCCGACAUCAUGCAGCUCAUCAUUGAGUUCGCGUACACCGGCUCCGUCUCCGUGACCAAGGACAACGUGCAGGCCCUCAUGGUGGCGGCCGAUCAGCUCAACGUAAUGGGUGUCGUACAAACCUGCUGCGACUUCUUAGCUGGGCACAUCUGCCCGGAGAACUGCGUCGGCCUCUGGCAGUUCACAAACGUCUGCUCCUCCACCGAGCUGCACUCGAAGGCCUUCCGCUACAUCAUCGAUCACUUUGUGGAGGUCAUUUACUGUAAAGAGUUCCUGCAGCUCUCUGUGCACGAGCUGACAGAUGUCCUUGCCAGAGACGAUCUCAACGUGAAAACGGAGAGCACUGUAUAUGAGGCCGUGGUCAGGUGGAUCCAGCAUGUUCCUGAAGAACGAGGACUGCACAUGGGCGCUCUCUUUCCUAAGGUCCGACUGGGUCUGUUGAGUGCAACUUACAUCAGGACCAAUAUGCUGCCCUGUGACCUGGUGAAGGACAACCCUGAAUGCCUGGCCAUCGUCACUGAUUUCCUCGCAGGAAAGUCCACCGCGAAACACCUCUGCAAAUCGUUUUUCCGUGCUCGCCUUCCUAAUGCCAUCCUGUUCGCCAUCGGGGGCUGGAGUGGUGGUGAUCCAACCAACGCCAUUGAGGCGUAUGAUGUCCGGGCUGACUGCUGGAUCAACGUGACCAACAAUCUUGAGCGUCCUCGUGCCUACCACGGCGCUGUCUUCCUCAAUGGCUACGUCUACUGUGUCGGCGGGUUUGACAGAGCGGAGCAUUUCAACAGCAUGCGCAGGCUGGACCUGAAAACACACACCUGGCAAGAGGUGGCCCCGAUGUACUGUCGCCGCUGCUACGUGAGCGUGACUGUGCUGAACGGGUGCAUCUAUGUCAUGGGAGGCUACAACGGACAUGCGCGACUCAACAGUGCAGAGUACUACCGUCCCGAAAUCAACCAGUGGAGUCAAGUUGCGCCCAUGCACGAGCAAAGGAGUGACGCCAGCUGCACGACUCUCCACAACAAGAUUUACAUUUGUGGUGGAUUCAAUGGGAACGAGUGCCUGCAAACAGCAGAGUGUUACAGCCCGGUGACUAACCAGUGGACAAUGAUCUCUCACAUGAACAGCCGGCGCAGUGGAGUAGGAGUCAUUGCAUAUGAAGGUCAGGUCUAUGCAGUCGGUGGCUUUGAUGGACACAACCGUCUGCACAGCACUGAGGCGUACAACCCUCAGACCAAUACCUGGCACGAUAUGUCCCCCAUGGUGACCCCCCGCAGCAACUUUGGGAUUGAAGUGAUUGACGACCGCCUCUUUGCCAUUGGGGGAUUCAACGGCUACACCACCACUUACAACGUAGAAUACUACGAGGCUACGACUAACCGGUGGACCGUGGUCUGCGAUAUGGAGAUCUACCGCAGCGCCCUGAGCUGCUGUGUUGUGUCUGGACUCCCCAACUUGUCUGAGUACGCUGCCCCUCGUGACGCCCUGCUUACACAUGUAGAGGAGGUGGAGGAGGAGAAGGAGGAGUCACCAGCCCCCUGACACGGGGUCAGUUUUCAGCGCUGUCCUGUCAUGAGCCACUAGCCAAGACAGGCAAGACACAAAGAACUGAAAUAAAUUUCUCAGAGCAUCAAA